GAGUGUGUUAAUGAUUCCCUGGCCUAAUGUUGUUUCUCAAGCCCUUAGCUGAAACCACAGGAGAGAUAACAGAUCCUGGCAUACCCACAUCCCCCAUGUGGUGUAUGAGUGCCCCCUCAUAACCCAAACACACCACACUGACAGACUCUUCUGCAGAUGUAAAGACAAACUGAUGGAAGACAGUACUGUCUGUGCUGCUGACAGAGGUUUCGUAAGCCACUGUGAACUAAAGUAGUUGGGGGGGAAAAUGUGUUAUUCUUUUCAAGUAAAUGAUUAAUAUCAGUUCACUGGGGGUGAUCAGUUAUUGGUUGGAGUGUUUUGUGUGUUCUGUCAGUCUGUAAGAGAGAGAGUGAGCUUGGAGGUGGAUUUGGGUGAAUGAUAAAGGGAUCUUCAUGCAAUACAAUUGCCCCCUUGUAUUGUAUUCUUAUUAAAAAUGUAUAAUGUGGCUGAGAAAGUGGAGUGGUAAAUGAUUGACCUGCUGAAUGACGAAUUGAAGGGCGACGUUCAACUGUGUCCAUUGCGCGGGUGAGUCAGUGUCAUUUUGAAAAAGUUGGCAGUGCAACGGUUACACGGAAUUCGGAGUGCGUCGAGUGGUGUGUGCCUUUUUAAUUGUGAGCUGAAGGGCAAAGGAUAUGAAGAACCGAUAAUGACAAAUCAAGAAACGUUCUCAAGGACAUUUUCUCUUUGUGGACUGCUCUGGCACCAUGAACUUCAUUAUCUUAUUCUCAAAAGAGGACAUAUUGCUUAAAGGAUAAGUCGCGGCGGUACAAGCGUCUUCAACGAAUCGUCAUCUAGGUUAUUUCUCAGGGACACCGCUGUGUAUAGGCUACGCAGUGUCAUGAAAUGUGCGUGCGGCAACGUACCCUAUGUGAUUCAAGACAGUCGUGUUGGAUCUUAAAUAAGGGAAAUUUGACCUAUUUAAACGUUUCUUAAGACAAGGAUACAAUAUUGCAAAAUUUCUUCUCAGGACUAUAAAUGGACGUGUAGUCACGCCACCCCUGACGCUCACACACAGACCGUUUCAUGGGUUUCCGAUCAACAAUGGGCGAACCUAACCGGUUUACAUACCCAGACCUCUGGCUUUGGAAUAUUGGGGGCCAUCAUUCAAAGUUCACACAACUCUCAGUAAAAUAGAGCAAACCAAAUUGUAUUGAAUUGAAAGUGAACGACUGAGAUUUAUUAAAAUAGGCUAUUUGUCAAUAGGCAUCAUAUCUGUGCGCUUGAUUGCCAAGAAUGAUUAUUGAUGGCAAUAGAUUAUAAAUUGUUACAUUGUAGCUAAUUACAUUGUGUAAUUGUUCAUUAAUUAAUUAAGUCACAGUUCAAUCAUUGGAGUGUUAACCUACUCAUUUGCUAUAGACUCCGCUUCAUAAUUUAUCAUUUUUCACGUUCAUGCGUAACGGUAUGGGAAUGCCACCCGGGCUGUCAUUUCAUAUGAUCGAACAUAAGGACUACAGAUGGAAUAUUGAUUGAGGGGAGAGAAAAGCAAAUCACCAAUUAAUUGACCAACAUUUCCCAUGCCUUUUGGAGGACUGCACAAUGGGGAUUAUGCUUCAAGUUAUUCUAGGAAUGUUUCAGUUCCUCUUGCUCUCCAGAUUCCCCACGUCCCAUGCCAAGCUAGCCCACUGGAGACCUGCAGACACCACCCCAAAAUCCAGAGAAGUGCGUCGGUGGUUGGAGGUGUACUCUCGUAGUGUCUGUGAGCCCAGGGAUACCCUGGUGGAGGUGUGGCAGGAGUUGCCGGGAGAGACGCAUCACCUCUUCAUGCCCUCCUGUGUGUCGGUCCGCCGCUGUGGCGGAUGCUGCUCCGACGAGGCACUGGAGUGUGUGCCCUCACUCACACAAACUAUCACCAUGGAGCUAAUGAAGACCUCCUUUAUGAAGCAUGAGCUCAUCGAGCUGGACUUCGUUGAGCACAGCCAGUGUGAGUGCAGACUAAAAGAGGAUCUUCGAUCAGCCCCUACCAGGCCUGCAAAGCCUCUGAGGAAAAAGAAACGGGAGAGAGGAAAAUCCAAAAGAAAGAAAAGUGGAGCUAUCAAAACCACACCCUCCUCUCCCCCCACUAUCCCCUCUCCUCUCCCUACCACCCUGUCUUCCUUGCCAGGCCCUCGAUGUACCCCCUGUCCUGGGAGGAAGUGGACGCUCGAUUUGCAGUCUUGUCGGUGUCGCUGCAACGUGACCGCAAAGAGCUGCAGUCAGAAAGGGAGGAGACUCAACCAGCACCUCUGCAGAUGUGAGGCCAUAAGGCGGUGAUGCUCUCUUUCUACUCUCUCUCUUUGUCACUCCGCUGGUUCCAAUGUCACUCUCAGCCAUGCUUAGCGCAAUCCUGGGUACCUCUCUGUUAGGGGUGGGGUGGGGAAGCAUAUCCCUAAGUACUCCCUUCUGUGUCCCUCCUUGUCCUCCAGAAACUUCAAGGCAGUGCAGUAUUACAACGUAAAUAUAUGUAUAUAUACAUGUGCACCAACUGUGUCUAGAUCUGUAUCUGUGUAUGUGCAGUCAGUCUCAUCAUCCCACAGCUUCUUCAGGCACUUAGCUACCAUCGUCCAGUCAACAGGUUUAUAAACGCUCUCUCCUUCACAAGGGUAAAUGAUGGGACCAAAUGUAAAGCACAGUUUAAAUGUCCAAUAUCAUGAGGGCGAUGUGAGGCAGUGGGUGGCCAGGACGUUAGUUGUAGAACAGCCAGAAUUCAACACUCACACCUCCGCUUCUGUAUGAGACAUUGGGACUUUGGAACAUGAAGAGGAUUUAGAGACUGAUCAAAGAUCAGAUAUAACAGACACGUUCAUGUUGCGUUUUGUGGUCUUCCUCAUAGACACGGUGGGUCAGUGUUGCCCAUGAACUGCUGUUGGACUGUUUUUCAAAAAGACAAUGGCAACAGUGAGGAUGAUCCUGAUAUUGAUACACAUGUUAUAUUUUUUGUACAGGGAGACUCCGAUAGGAGAAUGAUUCCAGGGUCAAGUCAUUAAAGUGCAGUAAGGAUAUAGAAUAGUGAAUGGACACACACACACACAUGCACAAAAACACACACACACACACACACACACACACACACACACACACAUACACACACACACACACACACACACAUACAUCAGCUAUGUGUUGUGUGUAUGAAGCCAUCAGGCUGCACCCCCAUGGACCUAUAGCUAAGUGAGUUGAAUAGCUGGAUAGACUGUAUCUGUGUGGUCCACACAUUGAAUGGCACAGAUGGGUUACCCAGCCGCCGUUAGUCUCUCAUUCCCAGCGUAUGGUCACAGGCUGGAUCACUGUGGGGUUUUCUGUCAUUUGUUUGAUUUGGUUUUUGUCUCCAUCUCUCCACUCCGGAGUGAAAGAGCUGUUCACGCCGACGGGGCAGUGAGAGGAAUGACAAUGAUGAGGCCUGGCUAUGGUCCAAGGGUUCACACAAAACACACACACACACACACACACACACACACACACACACACACACACACUUCUAAAUAGAAAUGAAUGCAGGUAUCUAUAAGCUUUUCUUGUACAUGCAAUAUAAAGAGUGGAAAUAAGUAUACAUUUUUUAAAUCCAAAUGUUUUUUGUACUUCAUUUUAUUGUAUUUGUAUAAGUUGUUAUAUUUUGGCCUAAUUUUGUCCUGUUGACUUAAAAGAUGUUGUAUAUUGUGGAAUGUUUCUUUGUUUUGUUUUGUUUGUCCUUAAUCUGUCUACAUAAAGAGUCCCUCUGGGUGGCCGACUAAUACCGUUAUGUAGAUAUGAGGCGUCUAAACAUAUGGACAACUGUGUAGAAUUUAAACGGAGAGAGUUCUCAAUGGCCCAAAAAUCGGAUACAAUAUACAUUAUAAUGUGUAACAAAAAUAUUCACCAGGGAAAUGUUGUCUAGUAAAAAGAAAACAUUUAGUUAACAGCAUUAUAUGGUGUUUGUAUUGUUUUGUGGAGCUGAGAUAGGAUGGGUGUCUGGAACAUAACAGAUGUAUUUACUGAUAGAAUCAGUCACAUCUCCUACCCCCCCAUGACUGUAAGUCGCUUUGGAUAAAAGCGUCUGCUAAAUGGCAUAUUAUUAUUAUUAUUAUUAUAUAGCAUGUCACUGGUGAAACCUGAUUUGGUCCAUGACUGUGGUCCAUGACCGUGUCAGAAUCGAUCAGUAUUUGAACGACUUGUCCAUUAGCAUGGUAAGCAAGCUACAGAUACAGUUACGGGUCUAUUUACUUUGGGUAGCCAUCAAGCUGAAUCAGGGUGGUGGGCUUUCUGUCUGUGAGGGAUGCUUAGAGCUGUGUGGGGAAAGGAGACAGCUACAAUAGAAUAUUGGUUAGCAAGAACCCCAUUCAACACACACACACAAAAACAUCUCUUCUUUCUCAUUAUUGUUCAAGCUUGCAUACCUCUUAGCAGUUGUAGAACCCCCCUAAUGUAAAACAUAUUCAAAUUCCAGAACCUGAGUGUCACAUUCCAAGUGAUAUUCCACUGACAUUCCUAUUUAUAUUGUCCUUUUAACUCGGUCUGAAAAGUUUAUUUUCACUAAGCAAUAAUGGUCUCUGAUUCAGAGACUGGGAUGAGCAUACGAGUAUUUUAGCUGAAGUUGUAGCAGAUUCCUCUCCAAAAUAAUGAGAUCAAAACUCUUUCACAACGUAUCAAUGAUUCCCCUGAAGUCUGCCUGUUAACAGAUAUAGCUGAGGGAUUUGUGAGCUGUAUGUGAAAAGUGUGUUUGAAUUCAGGCUUUGAGGUUGGUCCUGUGAGGGCAGUCAGACCAGACACUGUACAGCUCUACUGUGUUUGUCUCUCCCCUGCCUAUACCUGGAAGAAUCUGUGAGCUCCUCUCCCCUUAACGGUGGCCUGUGAAUGCCAAAACAACCCCCCUGCGGUAUAGUUUGCAAAGCGUCAUUGUCAAGCUGUGUGUGGGUCCACAUGAAACUUGCCAUGACCCCACUCUCCAAGGGUGUCUCAGGGAAAGUUGGGAUAUGCAGAAAACACAUUUCCAAUUCACACAUGCAUAUAUUACACAAUUGUGUAUGUGUGAAAUAGGACAAAUAUAAGCAACACCACAUUAUCAUUAUUAUUAUUAUGAAACUUGCCAGUUACAGAAAGACACUUGGAGAAGGGACUAUAUGCUCCAUUCAUACAGUAAUAUACUACCCAUGUCCAUGCCAUAUCCAAUAUGAAUGUGCUGAUUGCUCCUCUUGUCUGCACGCACCUAGUCUGCCCUCAGCCACUGUGUUGUAGUUUGGCAAAGCGAGUCUAGCACAUGCCCUAUAUACUGUAGACUGUCCAGGUAGACCUAUUCUAGCCCCCACUGUCUUUUACUCAGCUAUAGUAGGCAGACCCUGACUAAAAGUACAUAAUAAUAAUAUCUUAUAAUGUCUUAUAACCAACCACCAUCUUGUGUAUGACGUAGAGCAUACUUUAGAAUGUCUUGUAAUUCAUUCCAGCUAUACUCCCAUGUUACAGACUCUACAAUUACAAAUGCAUUGUAAUGUGUAUAACACUGAUACUAUUAUUGCUGCUACACCAUUUAUGCCCUAUUUGAUGUAUGUGCGCAACUGUACCAUGCAGUUUUGUGUCACUGUAUAUUAUGACGAUUAAUCAAUUAAAUGUCUAUGUAAACAAACAAGCACACUGUACUACUGAGGAUGUUAAUACUACUAGGAAAUGUUAAAAACAAAACAACCAUGAUACAAUGUUCCAGAUAUUAUUAAAGGAAAUGUCUAAUUUUUGGUAAAAUGUUUUGUUAUUGGUAGUCUCUC